AGGAUCGCGCGGUCACACUGGUUUUUCGACCAAAAAAUAAAGAACAAUAAAAACGCUUGUUGGCCCGCUAGAGAAAAGGGAUCGCCAGCGAAAGCGAAGAGAGCGAGUGCCGUGCUAACCGGUGACCUCUCGCUGUGCCCGUGACCUGUGACCCGCGAAAGUGCCCGCCCCAGUGUCAUUUUGUCGGAGCCGCAGCAGCAGAAUUGGGAGCAGCGUGUAAAAAGUUGCGGAAUUAUCGUGGCACCGCGCGGAGAAAGAGAAGGAGAGCGCCGGAGAGAGCGAGAGCGAGCGAGCGAGAGAGGAGCGAGAUUGCCGCACGCAUAAAAUAUGAUCAAAUUGCAAAAUUGAUUUCAAUUGGCCACUCAACAAAAGCAAACGGCACUUUCAAUGUUUGGCGCCUGCUGCGACUCUUGAGACUCGUUUAAAUCCGCAAAAAGAACCAAUCCAGGAACUGAGCCCAGUCCCGCUCUUUUGGCUUUCUGGCCAUGGCGCAGCAAACGCAGCCGCAGCAGCAGGCAGCGCCGUCCACCUCGACGCCGGCCUCCACGGCGGCGGGAUCCUCGGGAGGAGCAGCAACCUCCGGAGCAGCAGGCGGAGGAGCCGCCACGCCCAUCUCAACGCCAUCGACCCCUCAGCCGGCCGGCGUGAGCGGACCCAGCAGCAAUAACAACAACAACAACUUGGUCUCGCCCUCCGGGAACAACAAUCUACUGACGCCCGUCCAGGCCUUCACUCCGGCCGGACAGCCCGUGUACAAUCCACACGUCUACAUGUCCGCCCACGGAGGACACCCCCAUGCCGGAGCCCACUACCCGGCCAUGAUCCCCGCUCCGAUUCCCAGCAACAACGUCUACGUGAACAACGUCACUGCCAAUGUGAACCUGCAUGGCUGGCCGCACGGCGUUCCGACCUACAUGCCGGCUGGCGGGCAGCACCACUACAUUGGACACGGCGACAUGCCACCGGAGCAGGGCAACGCCGUGAUGCCGCAUCUGCAGCCCCUACCCAUCAAUUUGGCUCCCCAGGGCGGCUCUCCGAACCCCCACACUCCCGGAAUGGGUGGUGGACGCACGCGGGGACGCGGUCGUGGACGUGGGCCUGGUGGACCACGACGCAAUGACUACCAUGGGCCACGUCACCUCCAGCAGCAGCAACAACUGAUUACCCUGCCGCCGCAGCAGCAACUGCCACCGCCAGAUGGAUCCAACCCCGGCCUGCAACUGCAGCCGGAUCAGAUGGGCCAGCAGUUGCCGCCGCCGGAGGCGCACAUGCAACAUCUGCAGCAGUACUACACCGCUGGUCCGCCCACCUACGCCUACGGGCCGUAUCCGCCCUACUUCGCGCCGCAGCAUGCGAACCUGCAGCCGCCUCCGAACCCCACUGCUGCCCAGCAGGCCACCGGCACACCGGUCUUCUUCUCCGGACCGGUCAUGUACAACCCAGCGUGGUUUAAUCCCGGGGGAUACAUCUACCCCAUGAUGCAUCCGGCCGAGUAUCAGUAUGUCCCAGAAGAUGCUGGCCAUCCGGGAGUGGAUGAACGUGUCGCUCAGCCUGAUGGAGGGAUGACCCAGAUGUGGCACUCGGCGCCAAUGUACGCCGAAGAUUUCGAAGUGCUGCAACAGCAGCAGCAACAACAACAACAGCAGCAGCAACAACAACAACAGGUGGCCGUACAUCCCAAUGGAGGAGUCGUCAAUGUGGGGGAUGAGCUCAAUCACAAUAGCUCCUCGCUGCCCUCCUCGGAGACGUCGAGCAUGCUCAGUCCGAGUUACCCGAUCUACGAUCCCCAGAUGCACGAAAUGCAGCAACAAAUGGGCGUGAUGCAGAUCUACGACGAAGGUCAGAUGGCCGCCCUGCAGCCGAUUCACCCAGGAGCAGGCCCGUUGCCCCAGUACGAGGACGAACUCGCCGAGUGCGGAGCUCCGCCCCCUGGCGCAAUUCCUGUGGCAUGGACUGCUGCCAUGCCUCUGCCACCGGAGGGCGUCCAGCCAGCCCUGCUGCCCCCGCCACAUCACAUCUUGCAGCAAGCAUCUCCCGUGCUAAUCGAGCAGCCGACCCAGUUGGUUCUAGCUCAACCUCCUCAGCCGCCGACACCCACUCCUCAACUGCAACAACCGCAUCAGGAGCCAAUGGUUGACAAGAGUUUGACGAACAACAACAACGAGGUGGCCUUGGAGGAAAAGUUGGCCAACGAGAAGCAGCAGCAAAUUGAAUUGGAGUUCCGCCAGCAGCAGCAGGAGCAACUGCAGCAGCAGCAGCAACAACAGCAGCAGGAACUGCAGCAUCAACUGCAACAACAGCAGCAACAGGAGCAACAUCAGCAGCAUCAGCAACAUCAGCAAUUAGCGCCGCUGCAAAUCGAAAAACCGCCAACAAAAGUGCCAAACCUUGUAGUAGCAACAGUGGCACCUCAACUGCAACAGCCACCGCAGCAGCAACAGCAGCAGCAGCAUCAGCCAGCACCGCAGCAACAUCAACAGCAGCAAACAUCGCCGGUGGUGGUGCCGCCACAGCAGCAGCAACAACCACCGCAGCAGACCAGCUACCAUGAUCAACAUCAUUUGCCACAGCAGCAGCAGCAACAACCGCAGCCACCGCGCAAGCCAUCGCAGCAAUACAAUCAAUCCCAGCAGCAACAGGUGCGUCGCAAGUACUCCUCGGAGUACAACCACCAUCAUCACCAGCACGGUAGCAGCGAUACGGGCAUCCAGACUACCAAGUCCAUGUCCUGGACCAAUUCCGCUCAGCACAAAAAGUCCACACAAUCGGUUUCCGUCACUGCUUCGCCCAAUAAUGUGAACAAUGGAUCGGGUGGUGUGGGCGUUGCAAGUGGACCGACUGCCAAACCCAACUACAGUCACACCACAAAGACGUUUACCAACCAGCAGCAUUACCAGCAGCAGCAGCAACACUUCCAGAACCAGAACAACUACAACAACAACAACAACAGCGGCGGCAGUAGCAGCAACAACAAUAGCAGCAGCAACAGCAGCUCGAGCAGCGGCAACAAUCAGCCCCAGGUGCGCAACUAUGGCACCAUGAAGGUGCCCUCAUCGCCGGUGGCCAGCACAGCACCAACGCUGGAGCGCAAAAACAGCCAACAGGCAGCAGCAACACCGGCAACAGGAGCAGCAACUGCAACCCCUGUGGCAAUCACACCAGCAACUACCUCAACGGCUAGCAUUACGGCUACCCCAAAUCAAUUCCAACUGGAGACUAACAACAACAGUGCACCACCAGUGGUCAGUGCCCCGCAGCAACAGCAGCCUGCACUGCAGCAACAUCAGCCUGCACCGCAGCAACAUGUGACAGCUGCACCACCAGCAGUAGCAGCAGCAGCCAAAUCGUAUAGCAACUACGCUCCUAAAAAACAUCAGAGUUAUGAGCCAGUGGUUCUAAGCUCCGUGGUGGCCUCCAGUUCAGCAGUCAAUCCGCAACCCCAGCUGAAUCUUGCCCCACCUGCACCGCCAGCUUCGCAGAACAAUAGCGACAGUGCCCAGCUUUCGUGGGCCAGUUUGUUUGCCAGCAACAAGCCAGUGGCCAAGGUGGCGCCCUAUGAGGCCAGCAAGCCACAGCAGCAACCUCAGCCACAUCCAGUGCUUCAGUUGGCUCCUCCGCAGCCAGCUCUAGUGUCAGCUGCUGCUCCGGCUGUCCAGCUGGCAGCGCCACCUCAAAAUUUGCCCCUGCCCACGGCUCACCAACAAUCACAGUUGCCUGCUCCCGUGCCGGCGCCCACAACUCCGCUGAUCACCCCAGGAGCGCUCUCCUAUUCUGCGGCUUCUGCUCAGGCAGUUCCCGCUCCCAGCCCCGCGUCUGCAUCCGUCAAACCUCUGAAGCCGGAGCCACUGCGUCAGGUGCAGCAACAUCUGGAUGAGUGGACCAACAAGUACGCCGAGUACCUGACACGCCACAAGAUCAACCUGGCCCCGAUCAGCCUGCGUCCUCGGGGACUGACCAACAGGUCCAACUACUGCUACAUCAACUCGAUCCUGCAGGCCCUGCUCGGCUGCUCGCCGUUCUACAACCUGCUGCGCUCCAUUCCCAAGCAGGCGGCUGUCCUGAGCGAGGUCAAAACCCCCACUGUGAACGCCAUGAUGUCCUUUAUGACCAACUUUUCAUCGCUGCCUAGCGGCCUGCGCCUGCGCCUGAACAACCUCAACAAGGGAUCGCAAAGCAAGGGCAAGGACGAGUUUGUUGGCUCCGAUUUGCAGUGCGACAUGGCCUUUGAGCCCACGGAGAUCUACAAGCUGUGGAACGACAGUCGCGAGGAGCAUGUCGAGGGUCGCCAGGAGGAUGCCGAAGAGUUCCUGGGCUACGUGCUCAACAAGCUCAACGAUGAGAUGCUGGAGGUCAUUAAACUAAUCGACAAACCCACAACCCAGCAAAAUGGCCAGGAGCCGGCGGAGCCAGAAGACGGCGGCGACGUCUGGCAGAUGAUUUGCAACAACCGCAACAAGGGCAGUGUCACCCGCCAAACUGACUUUGGACGCACGCCCAUAAGCGAGAUCUUCCGGGGAGAACUGCGUUCCCGGCUGCAACGCGAGGGAGAGCACUCCACGGAUGUGAUCCAGCCCUUCUUUACUCUUCAAUUGAACAUCGAAAAAGCUGCAUCUGUGAAGGAAGCACUAGAAAUCCUGGUGGGUCGGGACCAGCUGGAGGGAGUCACCGGCAGCAAGACCAAGCAGGAGGUGGUGGCCUGGCAGCAGAUGACGCUGGAGAAACUACCUGUCGUCCUGAUAUUGCAUUUAAAAUACUUUGACUACCGGUCCGAUGGGUGCACAAAGAUCUUGAAGAAGGUGGAGUUCCCCGUGGAACUGAAGAUCGAUGCCAAAAUCCUCGGCUCGAAAAAGACGUCGCAGAAGCAACGCGCCUAUCGCCUGUUUGCGGUGGUGUAUCACGAUGGAAAGGAGGCCUCCAAGGGCCACUACAUCACGGACGUGUUCCACACGGGCUACAGCAGCUGGUUGCGCUACGACGACAGCUCGGUGAAGCCGGUCAGCGAGAAGCACGUCCUCCAGCCGCACACCCCGCGGGUGCCUUACCUUCUGUACUACCGCCGCUCCGACACCCUGCCGCCGCAGCAGCAGCAGUCCCAGCAACAGACCGCCAACGGCGGAGGAUCGAGUGGAGUGGUGGGAAGCAGCUCCUCCUCAUCGAAUGCCGGGGACAACAAGUGAAGGGCGACCGCGACGAAGGCGCUGUUGUAAAAAUGCAUCAGAACUUUAAGUGCUAGCGAUAUACUACAUCUAAUCUUAUGUGUCAGUGCGUGUUAGCGAGAGUGCGAGUUUGAGAGUUUGGUUUUAUAUGCAUACGUAUACCAAUUAACAAUUAGAUAUAUUCGAGCGGUAUAUAUUUAAGCCCAAAGUCCAAAGCGCAUGUCCGUGUGCCAGAGUGCGAUUGUGUGAGGAUGGAAAUUAGCUCUAAGCUAGACUAGAAUUAAGAUCGGGCAGAAAAAUAGCAUAAGCAGCAACAAAACUCGUUGGAACGAAUGCAUUGUACAAAGAGUGGGAGGAUCGAAGGGCUCUGUAAACUAAACAGCGAGUAAAUUACCAUAUAACAUAGUGCUAAAUCUACAAACUCCUCCAGCGAAAUGAAACUCCCCCAUUUAUCUGUGGCACAAAAAGCUCUCCCAGCCGUUAAUCGUAGUGAGUGUUAGGAACACAUCCCCAAAUAUACUAGAAUUUUCUCGAUAUGUUAUGACAAACGCUUAGAGCUGUAAAUAUACACAAAUAAUCAUAUAUUGUAGUUGAUCAGUUUCGCGGCAUGCUGCAUGCAUUUAAACAAACCAACCCAGCAACAAUAUAUCGAAUGCUUUGAAUAUGCUUUAAAGAAAUAUACAUUUAGAACCAAGGUCUUUUCGACACAAAGAGUAAAUACAGACAGUGGUGGUCGCAGUAAUAGCCGCAAAAUCUCAAAAUCAUCAAGCCAAAUUGAGUUACUUUGAGUAUGGUCUUUAAGACGCAGGUCGGGUAGGAUCUUCUUUUUCUAAAAUGUUUUUUGCUCAGGUCGAAGGUGGCAAUUUUUACACAAUCAGCGGCCAAUAUGUUAAAUAAAAUGAAAUAUAAAGAGCUGAAAAUAUAUUCUUUAAGGCUAUUACUCAGACCACAACUGUGCAUUGCAUUAUUUCGUACAUGUUUAUAAGCAGCUAAAUAAGUUAUAAUCGCGUUCAUUUUGUAAUUUAUUUUAUAUGUUGUUUAGUUUUACACGCAAUCAGUUAGGCAGGCAGAUUCAUAUAUUAUACGGAACUUGUUAUUCAUAGUUAGUGAAACUUUUUUGGGAUUGCCCCUGGCUUGGAUUCGUUGUUUGCCUUCAUGAUAUUCAAGUUCUUCAUAACUUACUUUUUCUAGGUCUAGAGCAUUAGUCUGUACGUCAUGUUAGAGAAUUGUGUUGGGGUUGAAACGAAAGAUUUGAAAGGGAAAAAUAUUUGUAUGUAACCGGAUCAGAACUAAAACUAAUCAAUCAUACUAGUUGAUAGCUAUCUAACAAACGUAUACACCAAUAUAUAUUUUCUUAGGCUAUAUGAACGCAUAUAUAUUAUUUAUAGAUAUCGUGCCAAUGUUAAAACAUCUAAAAAUUUAAAAAAAAUGGAAUUUGAGUAAGGAAAGCUAUUAACUUGUCAAUGCUUUGUAUAGUCAGCGUCUGAACAUGAAUGGAAUAUAUAUGUACGGUUAAUAACCAAUCCAAUCAUCUAAUUGGAACUUUCGGACUCAAAAAAAAAAAUUUUCAUUGCAUACUUUUAGACAACCGUGCUUUGACUUUUGGGAGUUUGAAAAUUUUAGAAAUCUUCAUAGAUCGAUCAUUGAUAUGAGUGCUGCUCCCACAGAAAAAGUGCUCGUUCUCAAAUGGAUUGCAAUUUAGUAGUCUGCUUAAGUACCAGGACUUUACUGGUGAGGGGACAAGCGGAAAUCUAGAAAUAUUCUUAAGCUAAUCGUAUACUAGAGGAAUGCAUUGACAUAUAUGGGGUUUAUUAUGAAUAGGACACAAAAGCGAAACCAUAAAUAUAAAUCUACAUAUAUAUAUUUUGAUGUUAUACAAAUAUGAACUAAUUGUAAGCCAAAUUAUAGGAAAACAUUUUUAUAGAAACUUGUGCGCGUCUGCGUUUUGCUAGUUACAAAUAGGUUCCUAAAACUACAAAAAAAGCAAAAAAAAAAAA